CAGGGCAGCGCCGGGAUCCCUUCUCCACCCCGCGGGGAGGGAGCCGCCUCCUCCUUCCUCCUCCCCCUUUUUCACCCUUUCCUCCUCCUUCUUUUCCCCCAAAGUUAAACUUCCUGCUCCCGGCCCGGCUGGGAAGGGGACGCGGAGCCCGGCCGGACUCAGCCCACGGCACACACACACACAACAGCUGGAGCUGUCAAAACUUCCUCCGCUCGGCCUCGGCCCCCGCCGCCGCCUCCGCCGCCGCCUGCUCCUCCUCCGCCCCCGGGGGCUCUGCGCGGGGGGAGGGCGCAGGGCCAGUGUACAAUGAAGCGGCGGCCGCCGCAGCCGGGCAGCACAGGAGCCGGAGCCGCCGCCAGCUCCCGGGGCCUCUGAGGAGAAGGGGGAUGUCAACGGAGGACAAGAGUCUGGUGGUGGCGGUGGUGGAGCCGCCUCAGCAGCAGCAGCAGCCCCCCGAGCCUGGAGCUCCCCCCGCAGCAGCAGCAGCAGCAGCCACAGACAAAAGACCUAGGGGCCGGCCUCGCAAAGAUGGCGCUUCCCCUUUCCAGAGAGCCAGAAAGAAGCCUCGGAGUAGAGGAAAAACUGCAGUGGAGGAUGAAGACAGUAUGGAUGGCUUGGAGGCAGCAGAAACAGAAAACACUGUGGAAACAGAAGUCAAAGAGCAAUCUGCAGAAGAGGAUGCCCAAACGGAAGUGGAGAGCACCAAGCAGCUAACACCAGUCCUUCAGCGCUCAGUGUCCGAGGAGUCUGCGAGCUCCACUGCCUCCGUGGCUGUGGAAGCUAAAACCAGCGAACAACUCUGCGCCUUUUGUUACUGCGGAGAACGGAGCUCAUUAGGACAAGGAGACUUAAAACAAUUCAGUCCAACUCCUGGGUAUGUUAUCCCAUGGAAAAACCAGCCUUUAAAUAAGAGUGAAGCCAGCGACAGCACCGAUGGAGCUUGUGAGAGAACUCCAAGGCAAAACUCAGUGCCGCGCAAACAAAGAGGACAGAAGAAAUCUCGAUCGAGUAUAGCAUCAUGUACAAGUGUAAGCACCCAAACUGCUUCUGAUGAUCAGGUUGUCAAAUUCUGGGAUGAACUCAGUUUAGUUGGCUUACCAGACGACAUUGAUGUUCAAGCCUUAUUUGAGCCAACAGGUCAUUGCUGGGCUCAUCACCGCUGUGCGGAGUGGUCAUUGGGAGUCUGCCAGACGGAAGAGCAGCUAUCGGUGAACGUGGACAAAGCUGUUGUCUCAGGGAGCACAGAACGAUGUGCAUAUUGUAAGCACCUUGGAGCCACUAUCAAAUGCUGUGAAGAGAAAUGUACCCAGAUGUACCAUUACCCCUGUGCUGCUGGAGCAGGCACAUUUCAGGAUUUCAGUAACUUGUCCCUCCUUUGUCCAGACCAUAUUGAUCAGGCUCCUGAAAGAUCAAAGGAAGAAGCAAAUUGUGCAGUGUGCGAUAGCCCUGGAGACCUCUUAGAUCAACUUUUUUGUACUACCUGUGGCCAGCACUACCAUGGGAUGUGCCUGGACAUACAAGUUACACCUUUAAAACGAGCAGGUUGGCAGUGUCCUGAUUGCAAAGUGUGCCAGAACUGCAAACAUUCUGGGGAAGACAACAAGAUGCUGGUGUGUGAUACAUGCGACAAAGGUUACCAUACUUUCUGUCUACAACCUGUUAUGGACGCUGUACCAACAAAUGGUUGGAAAUGUAAAAACUGUAGAGUAUGUGCUGAGUGUGGCACACGAACAAGUUGUCAGUGGCACCAUAAUUGUUUGGUAUGUGACAGUUGUUACCAACAGCAAGACAACUUAUCUUGUCCUUUCUGUGAAAAACUGUGCCUCCAAGACUUCCAGAAAGAUAUGUUGCAUUGUCACAUGUGCAAAAGGUGGAUCCACAUAGAAUGUGACAGAUCUCCAGGUAGUGAAUUGGAGUCUCAGUUCAAAGACUACAUCUGCACUCUUUGUAAACAAGGAGAAGGGGAUCAGGCUCAGUCAUGUGAUGUAAUGGGCACUUCCGAACUCAUUCCUGAACCUGACAGUGUCACAGCUUGUACAAAUGAAAUGGAAAUGGAAAGUGGUGGAGAGGAUGCAACAUUUCAGGAACAACCCCUUACUGGUGAUGGCCCUGGUCAAGAAUCAGCUGUUGGAUGUGUCACAGACGUUACAGGCAUAUCACCAGAAGAGAAGACCACAGAACUGGAAACAGAAGUCUCUGUUGAAAUUAAUUCAGCUGAAAUGGAAAUAUCUCCUAAAAAGACACCAGCAUCUGGUGACAGUCAGACUGAGAAAACGAUGGAAGUGAUGGAAGGUGUUCAAGCUGUGAUACAGCAAGAGUUAGACAAACAAGUGGAAGAGACACAGCUACCACAAGGUAGUGUGGAGGUGUCACAAGUAUCCACAGUAGACUCUCGGUCUCUGUCUUCAGUACCUGAGACCAUAACUGUGACGCCAGAAAUACGGGAGACUGAAAGUAAAGGAGAUAUUUGUAUUCCUGUAGAACAACAACUGGAAAUAACAAAAGUACAAAAAGAUGUAGAAAAAGAAGAAACCCAUGAAAAGUCAGAAGCACCAGCUCUUCUAGAAGCAGAAACUACUUCUGCAAAUGAAGGUGUUGCAAAUAGUUCACUAGUUGGAGACAAACCCCUAAAAUCACCAGCUGAGACUUACCCCUCACUUCCCCCAUCAGUUAAUAUAAACAAGACAAAUGUGUCUUCCUCGCCAGAUGUUUCAUUAGACUUGCAUUCUGCACGAGAUGUCCAGCACGCUCAGCCCCCAGCACUGCCUUCCGCUGCUGGGAGCACUCUCCCAACAACUUACAUAUCAGUCACUCCAAAAAUUGGCAUGGGAAAACCAGCCAUCACCAAACGCAAGUUUUCUCCUGGAAGACCCAGAUCCAGACAGGGGGCUUGGAGUACCAAUAAUACAGUCAGCCCACCUUCCUGGUCCCCAGACAUUUCAGAAGGUCGGGACAUUUUUAAAUCCAGACAGCUUCCUGGCAGUGCCAUUUGGAGCAUCAAAGUGGGCCGUGGAUCAGGAUUCCCAGGGAAGCGGAGGCCACGUGGAGCGGGUCUUUCAGGAAGAGGUGGCAGAGGUAGAUCAAAACUGAAAAAUGGAGUUGGGACUGUAGUCAUUCCAGGGGUCACAACUAUGGAUAUUUCAUCUAACAAAGAUGAGGAAGAAAACUCGAUGCAUAAUACAGUUGUCCUCUUCUCUAACAGUGACAAGUUCACUCUCCAUCAGGAUAUGUGCGUAGUUUGUGGGAGUUUUGGGCAAGGUGCUGAGGGCAGGUUGCUUGCCUGUUCUCAAUGUGGUCAGUGUUACCAUCCAUAUUGUGUCAGUAUUAAGAUUACUAAAGUGGUGCUUAGCAAAGGUUGGAGGUGCCUGGAGUGCACGGUGUGUGAAGCCUGUGGGAAGGCGACAGACCCAGGAAGGUUGCUGCUCUGUGAUGACUGCGACAUCAGCUACCACACGUACUGCUUAGAUCCGCCCCUGCAGACAGUUCCCAAGGGAGGCUGGAAGUGCAAAUGGUGUGUUUGGUGCAGACACUGUGGAGCAACUUCUCCAGGUUUAAGAUGUGAAUGGCAAAAUAAUUACACACAGUGUGCUCCCUGCGCAAGUUUGUCUACCUGCCCAAUCUGCUAUCGCACGUACAGGGACGAAGAGCUUAUAAUUCAGUGUAGACAAUGUGAUCGAUGGAUGCAUGCAAUCUGUCAGAACUUAAACACAGAGGAGGAAGUGGAAAACAUAGCUGAUAUGGGUUUUGACUGUACCAUUUGUAGGCCAUACAUACCACCAACAAACGUGCCUUCUUUGGACUGUUGUGAUUCAUCAGUUGGAGCUCAGAUUAUUUCAAAAUCAAAAGAACUAGACCCACCGAAGACGUACACCCAGGAUGGAGUCUGCUUGACAGAAUCCGGCAUGUCUCAGUUACAGAGCCUAACUGUUACAGUACCGAGAAGAAAACGGACGAAACCAAAGCUUAAACUGAAAAUUAUAAAUCAGAACAGUGUGGCUGUGCUUCAGACACCCCCAGAUGCCCAGUCAGAACACUCAAGAGAUGGGGAGAUGGAUGACAGUAGAGGGAAAAGUUACCAUUGCUUCUUUUCUGCAGAAGGUGAUCUUAUGGAUUGUGAUGGAAAAUCGGAUUCUAGCCCAGAACGGGAAGCUGUGGAUGAUGAUUCCAAAGCAGCAGAAGGAGCUGAUGGGAUUAAAAAAAGGAAGCGAAAACCAUAUAGACCUGGUAUUGGUGGAUUUAUGGUACGUCAGAGAAGUCGUACGGGGCAGGGAAAGACUAAAAGAUCUCUGUCCAGGAAAGAUUCUUCUGGAUCUGUUUCUGAGCAGUUGCCUGGCAGAGAUGAAGGUUGGACGGAACAGCUGCCAGACACUCCAGUUGAGGAGUCCACCCCAGCUUCUGAAAGUACCGAGAAAAUAAAAAAGCGUUACAGAAAAAAGAAAAAUAAGCUUGAAGAAACUUUUCCUGCCUACUUGCAGGAAGCUUUCUUUGGGAAAGACCUACUAGAUACCAGUAGACAAAACAAGAUGAGCCUAGAUAAUUUACCUGAAGAAUCACUUCCGCUCUCAUGUAAAACGAAUCUGGCCACCAAUUUCCUGGAUCCUUCAUCUGACCCCCUUCUUAGCUCAACCUCCACCCCAGCUCAGGCAAAACUGGGACCUCAAGGUAGCACUGACGAUCCUUUAGCCGAUCUUUCUGAAGUCUUAAAUACUGAUGAUGAUAUUCUUGGAAUACUUUCUGAUGAUUUGGUAAAGUCUGGAGAUCAUUCGGGUCUUGAUUUAUGCACUUUCCAGGUUGACAACUCACCCUCCCCAUUUGCUGGAUUGGAUAUUGGUCCCAUCUCUGAUGAUCCUUCUUCUCUGCCUCAGCCGAAUGUCAACCAGAGUUCACGGCCAUUGAGUGAAGAACAGUUGGAUGGAAUCCUCAGUCCAGAACUAGACAAAAUGGUCACAGAUGGUGCUAUUCUUGGCAAACUCUACAAAAUCCCAGAGCUGGGAGGAAAGGAUGUUGAAGAUUUGUUCACAGCCGUAUUAAGUCCAGCAACCACGCAGCCGGCUCCUUUGCCACAGCCUCCACCUCCCCCACAGCUUAUGUCUUUGCACAGUCAAGGAGAGAACGCGUUUCCAAGAGUGCCCCUUAUGAAUGGUCUGAUGGGCCCUAACCCUCAUCUCCCUCACACAGCUCUGCCUGCUGGAGGUGGACUGGGCACUUUCUCUCCCAUUACACAGCAACCGUAUCCUGAUACCAGGGAUAAGAAUCCAGCAUUCAAUCCAAUGGUGAGUGAUCCGAACAGCUCAUGGGCACCAUCUGCUCCACCUUUGGAAGCUGAAGGCGAUACAAUGUCCAAUGCUCAAAGGAGCACUCUGAAGUGGGAGAAAGAAGAAGCGUUGGGUGAAAUGGCAACAGUAGCACCCGUUCUCUAUACAAAUAUCAACUUCCCUAACCUGAAGGAAGAAUUCCCGGACUGGGCUACAAGAGUGAAGCAGAUUGCUAAACUGUGGAGAAAAGCAAGCUCACAGGAGAGGGCUCCGUAUGUGCAAAAAGCCAGAGAUAAUAGAGCUGCUUUGCGCAUCAAUAAAGUACAGAUGUCAAAUGACUCCAUGAAAAGGCAGCAGCAACAGGAUAGCAUUGAUCCUAGCUCACGCAUCGACUCCGAUCUCUUUAAAGAUCCAUUAAAACAGAGGGAAUCAGAACAUGAGCAGGAAUGGAAAUUCAGACAGCAAAUGCGGCAAAAAAGUAAGCAGCAAGCCAAAAUAGAAGCCACGCAGAAGCUCGAACAAGUGAAAAAUGAGCAGCAGCAACAGCAGCAGCAACAGCAGCAGCAGCAGUUUGGUUCACAACAGCUUCUGAACCAGUCUGGCUCAGACACGCCUAGCAGUGGGAUCCAGAGCCCCUUAACGCCACAGACUGGCAAUGGAAAUAUGUCUCCUGCACAGCAGACAUUCCAUAAGGAUCUAUUUACAAAGCAGCAGCUACCUGCUACGCCUACGUCAGCAUCUUCAGAUGAUGUGUUCCUAAAACCACAAGCCCCACCCCCUACUCCAACCCGAAUCCCAGUUCACGAUUCGCUGUCUCAGUCUCAGACCCCUCAGACAUCAUCACAACAGAUGUUUUCUCCAGGUUCCACAAACACAAGACCUCCUUCUCCGAUGGAUCCAUAUGCUAAAAUGGUGGGAACACCUAGACCAGCACCCAUUAACCAAAACUUUAUUAGAAGAAAUACCAUUGCACCAUUAGAUACCUGUGCACCACAGUCAUCCAUGUCUAGGCCCAUUCAGGGAACCGAACCAUCAGGAAGCAGGCCUUCACCCGUCAGGGAUUCAUGUUCUUCAUCUCCAGGUAGCAGUGAUCCCUAUGCAAAGCCACCAGACACACCCAGGCCUGUCAUGGCAUCAGAGCAGUUCUCCAAACCGCUGGGGGUCCCAAGAUCACCCAUCGUUAUGGAACAGUCAGGGAAGGUUCCUUUAACAGCUGGAAGCAGUGAUCCAUUUACUAAGCCAGCUCCUAGAACUGAUACGUUUCAGAGACAGAGAGUAACUUCUGCUGACGCGUACACACGGCCACCAUUGACUCCUACUCCUACUCCUGUUGAUGGUAGCCCUGGACCUUUUAAAACUCCUAUGCGCCCACCUCAGUCCCCGCAAGAUCCUUACGCAUCAAUGCCAACUACACCAAGGCGUGUUGCUGUUGAUCCAUAUGAAAGGCCCGUUUUGACACCAAGGCCGGUGGAUAACUUUUCCCAUAAUCAGCCUAAUGAUCCAUACAGCCAGCCUCCCCUUACACCCCAUCCUGCAAUAAAGGAGCCUUUUGCCCAUCCGCCCCGGAUAGCGCGACAGCAGAGUGAUUCUUUCCCUCAGUCUGGACCCAUUUCAAGGCCAGCUUCUCAGGACCCUUACUCCCAGCCUCCAGGUACUCCUCGGCCAGUUGCUGAUCCUUAUGCCCAACCUCCAGGAACUCCUCGGCCCACCACAGUUGAUCCGUAUAUGCAGCAACCACCAACACCAAGACCUGCUCAGCCAGCAGAUUUAUUUGCUCAGUCCCCAGCAAAUCAGAGACAUUCUGAUCCAUAUGCCCAACCUCCUGGAACGCCAAGACCAGUUCUGAAUGAUCCUUAUUCUCAGCAACCAGCAACUCCAAGGCCAGGGAUUCCAGAGAGUUUUAACAGACCUGCAAUGACAAGACCAGGAGUAAUACCAAAUAGAGACCCUUUCCUGCAGACACCACAGAACAGGUUGCAGGGCACUUUUGUCAGGCCAUCAGAUCCAUGUUCUCAAACUCCCAGACCCGCAGGACCUGCAAUAACAGAUUCAUUUAGCCACGGUCCAGCUGCUCCAGCACGUGACCCAUAUGAUCAACCACCCAUGACUCCAAGACCUCAGCCAGAAUCUUUUGGAACUGGUCAACUGGCUCAUGAUGCUGCUGAGCAGCCACGGCCUGGACCUGAGGGUAACUUCAAUGCAUCCGGAAGUUCUCCAAUGACUUCUCAAGGACAACAAUUUCCCAAAGUUUCACAAGUUACUGGCCCAGCACCCACUACUGGAGUAACAGAUACACAGAAUACCAUGAAUAUGUCUCAAGCAGAUACUGAGAAGUUAAGACAGCGCCAGAAAUUACGUGAAAUUAUUCUACAGCAACAGCAGCAGAAGAAGAAUGCGGUUCGUCAGGAAAAAGCCUUGCAGGAGGCAGCAGCUCCUGCCCAUGCAACUCCUCUUCAGCACUGGCAGCAAGACAACUUAAAUCCAAUUUUUAACCGCCCUCCUCCUCCGUAUCCUGGGAAUAUUAGGUCCUCUGUUGUCCCUCCAGGUGGACCAAGGUUCACCGUAUACCCAAAAGACCAACGUGGACCAUUUCCUGCUGAUGGGCAGUUCAAUAGACCCCAGUUUCCAGGCGAUAUGAAUGCCAUGGGGAUGAGACCUCAUGGUCUCCGAUACGGGUUUCCGGGAGGUGGCCAUGGUCCACCAUCAGGUCAAGAACGUUUCCUCGGCCCUCAGCCACCAAUGCAACGCCCUGGAGUUCCACCACAGCUGAGAAGAUCUCUGUCUAUUGAUAUGCCUCGGCCAGUGAACAAUCCACAAAUAAAUAAUACAUCUGGGAUCUCUCAACAUUUUCCUCCACAGGGACUUCCAGUUCAGCAGCACAAUAUAUUGGGUCAGGCUUUUAUCGAGUUGCGCCACAGAGCUCCUGAUGGGAGGCCAAGGCUGCCUUUUAAUCCUUCUGCUGCAAAUGUUAUGGAUGCAGCAGCACAACAUCAGCGACAUGCAGGGUUUAUACCCAGGCAGGAGUUUCCGGGCCCAAGACAGGCAGAACCACUGAGACAUAAUUCUCAAGGUAUACCUAACCAGUUGCAGAUGUCUACAAGUUUGGAGCAUAUGUCACAAUCCCAGCAGGAUCAAAUCAAUCCUGACAACCCACCUGCACUUGUAAUACGUUCUUUAAGUCAUCCACCAGUUGCUGAUGCAUUCCCAGGACCAUCUUUGUCUACAUCUGCACCAAGUGAUGAAUCUGCAAAUUUACAGAUUCCCAACCAGCCAAGUGAUGGUCUAGAAGAAAAGCUUGAUCCUGAUGAUCCUGCUGUAAAAGAUCUGGAUGUGAAAGACCUUGAUGGGGUUGAAGUCAAGGAUUUAGAUGAUGAAGAUCUGGAAAAUUUGAAUCUAGACACAGAGGAUGGGAAAGGAGAUGAACUGGACACUUUAGAUAAUUUGGAAACCAAUGAUCCUCACCUUGAUGAUCUUCUAACAUCUGGGGAAUUUGAUAUAAUCGCAUACACAGACCCAGACCUUGAUGUGGGGGAUAAGAAAGGCAUGUUUAAUGAAGAACUAGAUCUUAGUGUCCCCAUUGAUGACAAACUAGAUAUCCAGGGCAAGACAGAAGAACCAAAACAGAAAGAACAAGGUGAUAGAACUGUUUCCCCUCCUGAGACUCAGUCUCCACAGAAGAAAUCUGCUACAGAAAAUGAAAUUAAAACAGAAGUACUUUCCCCAAACACUCAGGAGGAAAAGAAGAAUGAAAAUGAAAAAAGUGAUGGAAAUGCUGAAUCCACAAGUACUCAGCAGGCUGCUGAACUGGAGUUAAAGGAUGGAGAAAAGGCUUCUGCACAGCCUGCUAACCCAGAAUUCCCUGACAAAACUACUGCUGUUGCUAGUCAAGAAACAACUGUGCCUAGUCCAGAUGCUCAGGGUUCUGCUCCACUGCCUGUUCAAGGAGCAGUAAGUUCCUGCAGUAUUUCUGGAUCCACACCAGUCCUCUCAAGUCUGCUAGCUAAUGAAAGCUCAGAUAACGCAGAAGCAAGGACUCUAGGAUCUCCAUCUCAAUCUUUGCCAACAACACAAGUGAACCACGCAUCAGGUAUUCCACAAACACUAAUGACACCUGGUGGACAGAUCUUGGAAAACACAUUAAAUUCAAAUUUGACCAUGGUUCCACGAAUGAACCAUAAUUUUUCUCAAGGGUCACCAAAUCCGGGAUUUAUUCAGGGUCAGUCAUCUAACCAUAACUUUGGGACAGGACAGACAUCGAGUCAAACUGUGGCUGUAACAAACCGUCCUGGUCCUAGUGGCAUAUCUGGUCCCCAGCAGAUGAUGCUCCCUCAACCAUUAGCUCAGCAACAAAAUCGAGAGAGACCACUUCUGCUAGAGGAACAGCCACUUCUUCUGCAGGACCUUUUGGAUCAGGAAAGACAGGAGCAGCAGCAGCAGCGGCAGAUGCAAGCCAUGAUUCGCCAGCGUUCGGAGCCGUUUUUCCCCAAUAUUGACUUCGAUGCAAUUACUGAUCCCAUAAUGAAAGCAAAAAUGGUAGCUCUUAAGGGGAUCAAUAAAGUCAUGGCGCAGAGUAACAUGGGGAUGCCACCAAUGGUUAUGAACAGGUUUCCCUUUAUGGGUCAGCCAGUGCCAGGGGCUCAGACCAGUGAAGGCCAAAAUCAUAUGCAGCAGGCGAUUACACAGGACGGAAGUUUGACACCUCAGAUUUCUAGACCUAAUCCUCCUAAUUUUGGUCCUGGUUUUGUCAAUGAUUCACAAAGAAAACAAUAUGAGGAAUGGCUGCAAGAAACGCAACAACUUCUUCAAAUGCAACAGAAGUACCUUGAGGAGCAAAUUGGAGCACACAGAAAAUCAAAAAAGGCACUCUCAGCAAAACAGCGUACAGCCAAGAAAGCUGGCCGUGAGUUCCCAGAAGAAGAUGCAGAACAGCUUAAACAUGUUACUGAGCAGCAAAGCAUGGUCCAAAAACAGCUAGAACAGAUUCGAAAGCAGCAGAAAGAGCAUGCAGAACUAAUUGAGGAAUAUCGAAUCAAGCAGCAGCAGCAGCAGCAGCAGCAGUGUGGAAUGGCACCCCAUGCUAUAAUGCCAGGUGUCCAGGCUCAGCCACCGAUGGUUCCAGGAGGAACAUCACCAGCAAUAAAUCAGCAAAACUUCCCCAUGGUGGCACAGCAGCUCCAGCAUCAACAACAUACAGUGGUAAUCCCUGGGCAGUCCAACCCAACCAGAAUGCCAAAUUUAUCUGGAUGGCAGUCUGCAAAUACCCCUGCAAGUCAUAUCUCCAUGAAUCCAGCAAGGAUGCAGCCUCCAAUGACACCGUUGCCAAUUACUCCUGGUACACCAGCUCCUGUGCCUGGUCCAAAUGCAACUGCACAGUCAGGGCCACCACCAAGGGUGGAGUUUGAGGACAAUAACCCUUUUAGUGAAAGCUUUCAAGAGCGGGAAAGAAAGGAGCGUUUACGAGAGCAACAGGAACGGCAACGCAUUCAGCUUAUGCAGGAGGUAGAUCGACAGAGGGCUUUACAGCAGAGAAUGGAAUUAGAACAGCACGGUAUGAUAGGGUCAGAAUUAAAUAACAAAACAUCCUUAUCUCAGAUACCUUUCUUUAAUUCUGAUCUACCUUGUGAUUUCAUACAAACUCCCCGACCUCUUCAGCAGUCUCCACAGCAUCAACAGCAACAAAUGGGGCAAAUUCUGCAACAAGGUCCUGUGACCUCGCCUCCUGCCACAAAUUUUAUGCAAAGCAGUGAGCGAAGGCCAGUGGGACCUACAACUUUUGGACCUGAUGCAUCUGCUGUUCCAGGUGGAGCCCCUAAUUUCCAUAAUGUAAAACAAACUCAUGGGAAUCUCCCUGGUGCCCCCUUUACGCAGAACCAAGUCAGGCCUCCAUUUGCUCCUCCUGUACCUUCAUCUACAGUGCUCAGUAGUGGUGCCUCAUGUGGUUCGGACACUAGCAUGCCCCAGGCAGCAAACUUCCCUGGAUCAAGCCAGUCUCUCAUACAGCUGUAUUCUGACAUAAUCCCAGAAGAGAAAGGAAAAAAGAAAAGAACACGAAAAAAGAAAAAGGAUGAGGAUGCCGAGUCAAUAAAAGCCCCGUCAACUCCCCAUUCAGAUAUAACUGCACCAUCAACUCCAACCAUUUCUGAUUCUACCUCCACCCCCGCAGUUAACACCCCCAAUGAACUUUCACGUCAUCAAGAUGAACAAGAGUCAGUGGAGUUAACGGGCCCAUCGACAUCAAAUGUGGGAGAGAGCCAGACCUCUCCGGAGCUGGAAUGUAAGCUCCCCAACAGCAGUCUGCCUCAGAAACCGCCCGGUGUAAGUACCGAGAUUGAAAAGGCUAAAGCAGAUCCACCUGCCAGCAUUCAAGAAGUUAAACUAGAAAAGGCAGAAACUGAUCAAUGCUCGGGUCAAGCUGAGCCUAAACCAGAAAAUCCAAGCAGUAUUAAGGUGGAAGAAGAUAAGGUCACAUCCCAGUCUGCCUCUUCAGCUCAGAGUCCAGCACAACCAGCAAGCAUUCCAGCAGCGAAGGGAGAGUCAGGGAAUGAACUGCUGAAACACCUGCUUAAAAAUAAGAAGUCCUCAUCUCUUCUAAAUCAGAAAUCAGAGAACAGUGGCCGAACAGAAGAGGAGGCUUCUGGGGAUAAAAAGUUAACAGAGAAGCAGAAUCCAGCUGAAGGAAUGCAAACUGCAGGAAACCAGAUGCAAGGUGCGUUUGGGUGUAGUAACAGCCAGCUUCAAAGAACAGAUGUAGGACCUGAAACCAAGAAACAGAGAAAUAAGCGAGCUCAGAGGACAGGGGAGAAGGCAGCUCCUCGGUCCAAGAAAAGAAAAAAAGAGGAAGAAGAGAAGCAAGCUAUUUACCCUAAUGCUGAUACGUUCAUCCAGUUAAAGCAGCAGCUUUCUCUUCUGCCUUUGAUGGAACCAAUAAUUGGGGUGAGCUUUGCACACUUUCUUCCCUAUGGCAGUGGCCAGCUAAAUGGUGGAAACCGACUUGUGGGAAGUUUUGGUAGCGCUACUCUUGAUGGGGCUUCAGAUUACUACUCCCAGCUCAUUUACAAGCAGAAUAAUCUGAGCAAUCCUCCGACACCCCCAGCCUCUCUCCCUCCCACCCCACCUCCAGUGGCGUGCCAGAAGUUGGUGAAUGGCUUCGCAACCACUGAGGAGCUUGCUGGCAAGGCUGGUAUGUUAGGAGGUCACGAUGUCACCAAAGCUCUGGGACCAAAGCAGUUCCAGUUGCCUUUCAGACCACAGGAUGAUUUAUUAGCAAGAGCAAUGGCUCAGGGCCCUAAAACUGUGGAUGUUCCUGCUUCACUUCCAACGCCACCUCACAACAAUCAGGAGGAGUUAAGGGUUCAAGAUCACUGUGAGGACAGGGACACUCCCGACAGCUUUGUUCCUUCUUCCUCUCCUGAAAGUGUGGUGGGAAUGGAAAUAAGUAGGUACCCGGACUUGUCAGUCGUAAAGGAGGAGAACCCAGAACCUGUCCCAUCUCCCAUCAUUCCCAUCCUACCAAGCAGUACUGGAAAAGGUUCAGAAGCUAAAAGGAAUUAUAUAAAAUCAGAACCUGGUUCAGGAGUGUUACCUGGUUCUGGCUUCUUUGCCUCUCAGCUUGGACCAUCUCAGAAUGGUCCUAAAUCUGGCCUUAUAUCCGUAGCAAUUACUUUACAUCCCACAGCUGCUGAGAACAUUAGUAGCGUUGUAGCGGCAUUCUCCAACCUGCUCCACGUCAGAAUUCCCAACAGUUACGAGGUUAGUAAUGCUCCAGACGUCCCAUCCUCCAUGGCGGCCACCAACAGCCACAGAGUGAAUCCGUCUAUGGAGUACAGGCAGCACUUACUCCUCCAGGGUCCCCAGGCGGGACCCAUGGGCCCUGCCAGGAUUGUAGGGUCUUACGGACUGAAACAACCUAAUGUGCCAUUUCCUGCAAACGGCAAUGGUAUAGCUGGCUACAAGGAUCACAGUCAGAAUAUUGCGGAAGGCUCAGCACUGAGACCUCGAUGGUGCUCUCAUUGCAAAGUUGUGGUUCUUGGGAGUGGCGUGCGGAAGUCCUUCAAAGACCUGCCUUUCCUGAAACAGGAUUCCCAAGAAGGCUCUGAUAAACUGAAGGACAUCGUAUUCUGUAGCAACAACUGCUUUGUUCUUUAUUCAGCAGCUGUGCAAGCAAAAAACUCAGAGAACAAAGAAUCGGUUCCAUCUUUGCCGCAGUCGCCGAUGAAAGACAGGCCGCCUAAAGCAUUCCAUCAGUACAGCAACAACAUCUCCACGUUGGACGUCCACUGUCUGCCUCAGCUGCAGGAGAAAGUUUCUCCGCCGUCAUCGCCCCCCAUCAUGUUCCCCCCUGCCUUCGAAGCAGCCAAGGUAGAGGCAAAACCGGACGAGCUUAAGGUAACGGUGAAGCUAAAACCUAGGUUAAAAGCAAUACAUGGUAGUCUUGACGACUGUCGGCCUCCGAGUAAGAAAUGGAAAGGUAUGAAAUGGAAGAAGUGGAGCAUUCAGAUUGUGAUUCCUAAAGGAUCAUUCAAACCUCCUGGUGAAGAAGAAAUAGACGAAUUUCUUAAAAAACUGGGCACGACCCUUAAACCAGAUCCUGUGCCUAAGGACUACAGGAAAUGUUGUUUCUGUCACGAGGAAGGCGAUGGAUUAACUGAUGGACCAGCAAGACUUCUUAACCUGGAUUUAGACCUUUGGGUCCAUCUGAACUGUGCUCUUUGGUCUACAGAAGUCUACGAGACACAAGCUGGUGCCUUAAUAAACGUGGAACUAGCACUGCGCAGAGGCUUGCAAAUGAAAUGCAUGUUUUGUCACAAAAUGGGUGCCACCAGCGGUUGUCACAGGUUAAGGUGCACCAAUAUUUAUCACUUUACCUGUGCCAUUAAAGCACAAUGCAUGUUUUUUAAAGACAAGACCAUGCUUUGCCCCAUGCACAAACCAAAGGGAACUCAUGAGCAAGAACUUAGUUACUUUGCAGUCUUCAGGAGGGUCUAUGUUCAGCGUGAUGAGGUGCGGCAGAUUGCUAGCAUCGUUCAGCGAGGGGAACGUGACCACACUUUCCGCGUGGGAAGCCUGAUUUUCCACGCCGUUGGUCAGCUGCUGCCACAGCAGAUGCAGGCCUUCCACUCCUCGAAAGCCCUCUUCCCGGUGGGUUACGAGGCCAGCCGGUUGUACUGGAGCAUGAGACACGCAAACAGACGCUGUCGCUAUCUCUGUUCGAUUGAGGAGAAGGACGGGCUUCCGUUGUUUGUCAUCAAGGUUGUGGAGCAAGGCCACGAAGAUCUGGUCCUUACUGACACGACACCAAAAGGUGUGUGGGAUAAAAUCUUGGAGCCCGUUGCUUCUGUUAGAAAAGAAUCUGAAAUGCUCCAGCUGUUCCCCGGCUAUUUGAAGGGUGAAGACCUCUUUGGUUUGACGGUCUCUGCCGUGGCCAGGAUUGCCGAAUCGCUGCCGGGGGUUGAGGCCUGUGAGAACUACACUUUCCGCUAUGGCCGAAACCCCUUAAUGGAACUCCCUCUUGCUAUCAACCCCACGGGCUGUGCCCGUGCCGAGCCUAAAAUGAGUACCCAUGUCAAGAGGUUUGUGUUAAGGCCUCACACCUUGAACAGCACCAGCACAUCGAAGUCAUUUCAGAGCACAGUUACGGGGGAGCUGAACGCGCCGUACAGCAAGCAGUUCGUCCAUUCCAAGUCCUCUCAGUACCGCAAAAUGAAAACCGAAUGGAAGUCCAACGUGUAUCUCGCUCGCUCACGCAUUCAGGGCCUGGGCUUGUAUGCUGCUAGAGACAUUGAAAAGCACACUAUGGUCAUUGAAUAUAUCGGAACGAUUAUCCGGAAUGAGGUAGCAAACAGGAAAGAGAAGCUUUACGAGUCUCAGAAUCGCGGCGUGUACAUGUUCCGCAUUGACAAUGACCACGUCAUCGACGCCACCCUGACGGGAGGCCCUGCCAGGUACAUCAACCACUCGUGUGCACCCAACUGCGUGGCUGAGGUGGUGACUUUCGAGAGAGGACACAAAAUUAUCAUUAGCUCCAGCAGGAGAAUCCAGAAGGGGGAGGAGCUUUGCUAUGACUAUAAGUUUGAUUUUGAAGAUGACCAGCACAAGAUUCCAUGUCACUGUGGAGCUGUAAACUGCCGAAAGUGGAUGAACUAGAAUGCAUUCCUUGCUGUCUUUGAGGGUUGCUUGUCCCUAGGAAGAAGUGAUUCACAUUUGGAUUUUGUCGAUGGAAAAUUGUUGCCUUUUUUGAAGGGGGAAAAACAAAACAAAACAAAACAAAAAUCACUUCUGGAAGUACAGAUUUCUACUCGAGUAUUUAAAAAAGUUUAAAAAAAAAAGGAAAAAAAAAAGAAAAAAAAAAAAAACAAGCACCAGAAGCAAACCGGCAAAAUCGGAAGCCAACUUUCCAGCCACGUGGAGGUGAAAGCAAAUGAACAGAAUGGUCCAGCACUUUUGUUUUUGAGCUCACUAAAGGAGAAACUGUUGAACUUGGGCAGAGAAGCGAUGGCUGACCUGCGGCGGGGCAGGGGCACCUAUGAAUGUAAGACUGAAAUCACCAGCGAAAGGGAGAAGUCCAAAGUGCUGGCCACAGCCUUAUUUGAUAAAGGGGCAGGCCCUCUAAUUAAAAGAAAAAUUUUAAAUAAAAGUAGACACCACUGAACAAGGAAUGUACUGAAACGACUUCCUUAGGGAUAGAGCUAAGGGAAAAAAUAACUUGCACUAAAAUACAUUUAAAUACUUGAUUCCAUGAGUCAGUUUAUUGUAGUUUUUGAUUUCUGUAAAAUAAGAGAACCUUUUUGUAUUUAUUAUUGAAUAAGUGAAUGAAGCUAUUUUUAAAAAGAAAGUUAGAAGAAAGCCAAGCUGCUGCUGUUACCUGCAGAACUAACAAACUCUGUUACUUUGUACAAAAGUGUAAAUAUUUUGAGAAAAAAAGAAAAUACAGUAUAAAAAUAGUUAUUGACCAAAUGCUACCAGACUCUGCAGCAGUUCGGGUGCUUAUUAUAAAACGUCGAUAGGGAUGUUACAAUAUGAUCUCAUGUGCUAACAGACAUGCGAUUGCAAUUACGGAAUAACCAAAAUCUCAAUUUAAAGAGAGAAGGGGGUUUUUUUUUUUAUGUUUGAAGCAGUCUCAACUGUGGUCUUACGAGAAUUUUUUUAAGCAAACCUUAAGCCUGGUAAGGGCGUGUAUAUUACAACUCUGACUUUUGUAGAUGUUUGGGUAAUUUAGAUUAAUUUUAUUUGUAUUAUAUUGUUGCAUCCCUAUUUCUUAAGUCAGGUUUUUUGUGCUUACGAUUUGUGAUAACUGUGAAUAACUGCUAAAACCACCCAAAAUGGAGGCUGGACACGGGGUUGUUGUUUUUCUUCGGCAGAAGUAGUGGCGAUGAGGUGACCGUUCAGCCCACGUUAAACCGUGUAAAGAGCAUAGAAUCAUGUAGUUGGAGCUUGUCCGCUUCGCUCGCCUUCGGAAAAGGAAAACGAGGAAAAAAAAAAAAAAUUAGAUGUAAUGUGCUUGCAGCUGCAGGACUCUGGCAAUAGGGGUUUGGAAAAUGUAAUUUAAAGAUGUGUUUGUAUGGAUUGUUUUUGUUUACAUUUCUUUAAAAAAAUAAACACUGUUUUGUGUUUGCUUGUAGAAAUUUAAUCAGCAUUUUGAACCAGGUUAGCUUUUUAUUUUGUACUUAAAAUUCUGGUACUGACACUUCACAGGCUAAAUAUAAAAAAAAAAAAUGAAGUUUUUUUUUUGUGUGCACAAUUAAAGUGGACUGUAAACUGUUGGUAUAUUCAGUAAUACAGUUCUGAACUUGUAAUGUAUAUGGCAUGAUGUAUUUUUAUCUUACAGAAUAAAUCAAUUGUAUAUAUUUUUCUCUUGAUAAAUAGCUGUAUGAAAUUGUUUCUUGAAUAUUUUUCUUCUCUUGUACAAUAUUCCAACAUCCUACCAGUAUUUGUCCUACAGUUUUUUCUGUUCUGUAUAAUAGUAUCUAAUGUUGGCAAAAAAAAAAGAAAAACAACACAAAAAAAAGAAUUUUUUGAAGUAUACAGAGUGUUAUGGGUUUUGGAAUUUGUGGAAACAGAUUUAGAAGAUCAGCAUUUACAAAUAAAAAUAUUUUACAUCUAUAAA